CAGCUGAUCCUGAGCGGACUCGUGUCUGAUUCGCAUACGCGGACGCGACAAACCAAACCGGCGCGCGCCGCCUAGAGUUAUAGGCUCCGCCUACGCGCGCUGAGCCGACCAAUGUCUGCACCCGCAGACGUGGACGCGCCUACUAGCGUGUACGCGCAUGAGCCAAGAUCUCUGGACUUUCUUUGCUGGAACACGAACGUAAGUAUAGAUUUAUUGAUUUAUUGCUACAUUCGCAGUUAAGAUCAGCCUUUGUGUUUCCAUCAUCAUUUAUGUAUGAUUGUAAUGACGUUGUUUGAUAUUAGGACUAGCAGUAAAACUUUAUAUUCUGUAAAAAAAGGCUGUUUUAUUUCCAGCGCCGCCUCCCAGAAUGCUUUGCAUGGGGACGUGCGUCUGACGUCACGUAUACAGAAAAUUCGAAAUGGCUGCACGCGGUAGGUGAGGCCCGAGCAAAGAAAAGUGGAAAAGAGUGUUAUUCGUCAAAAAACCCACACAACGACGGUCAUUUUUUCGCCGUGCUAUUGUAAAAUUGUCUUUUAUCUGUGUUUUGUGUUCCGGGGGACCCCGACUCCAGAAUGUGAAAGCCGUGGAGCUCAAGAUCCUGUUUACUGUGGACUAGCUGUGUGUGACGCCAUGUUGUUUUUGUUUCCAUUACCAAAAAAAAGCUCCACCGUCUCGCAGAGUGCCAGCAAGAGUCAUGAGUACUUGUCAACUCGACUCCUCAACUGGAGAUAACUUUCUAGCACCUCACCAUGGGGAAGGAUGUAUUCAUAUGCCUUCACCAGCACAUGCAUUAAAUAUGCAGAGAGUUACACAAGUUCUUACCACCUUGGGGCACCAUUCAGGGUGCCUUUUCAUCUGAUUACAUUUAUAAUGAACAGGGACAUUGCGGUUGUCCCAAGUGGAUGGUAUGAUGAUAGGAUGGUUUUCUGGCCCAGCUUUAAAAACACCGACAGAAUUGAAAGGGCCGCUUUAAAUGAGGAGCAGCAUGAGCCAAACUGGCCAAGAUUUGACGUUUCUGUUGUCCGAACUUGUGACAACUACAAAGACGCAUUAAAAAUAAUGCAACAAUAUGGAAAGGGCUGCAACACCUCAGACCUGCAAUCUGAGGCAGAGAACGAGGAGCUGCCAGAAAAAAGGAACAGGAAGCCAGUCCAUCGUCUCGGGGACUCAGAUGAUAGCGAAGAAGACCCGGGAAAUAGUGACCUCACAUCUCUGGGGUUGGCAAGCCAAUUGCACAGGCAGACUCCACCGUCUCGCCGAGUGCCAGCAAGAGUCAUGAGUACUUGUCAACUCGACUCCUCAACUGGAGAUAACUUUCUAGCACCUCACCUUGGGGAAGGACGCAUUCAUAUGCCUUCACCAGCACCUGCAUUAAACAUGCAGAGAGUUACACAAGGAACGGCAGUCCCUCCUCGACUCCCUCCACCCCCCGCACCAGCAGCCCUCAACAUGUGGCAGACAGAGGAGCCUGGAUCCAGCCUGGCCUACAGGCCAACAUGGUGAGGGGAAAGAAUGGCCGACAACAUUUCCUGCUCUGCGCCUGAGGUAAUCCACAUCCUUAGCCUGCUGGAAACUAUUAAGCACAACCAAGACCAGCUGAUUGCGAAGGUGCUGUGAGUAAAAAUGUGUUGACAAGGUCAGCCACGGACGCUGAGGUCACCAAACACGCCAUCAGGUGGUUCAGCUUGGCGGGGGAUCGGGCAAUGAGGAGACGAGUCCCGCUUCCACCUCCUCAGGAGGAAUAGAGAUGUAUAUGUAUAAAUAAACAACCUUUUAUUGGACUUCUUGUCAUUCACCAGUUAUUCAUUUUCUGAUAUGUUAGCUGUGCAUGGAGCAGCGUUUCCUUGAAGUUGUAGCCUAAUAGA